GCCUCCCUCCCAUUCAGCAGUUGUUGCAUCGACCCCGUUGGGUACAACACGCAACGCAAACACCCCGUUUUUUACAAAGCCUCCUUCUUGGCAUUUUCUCCUUCUCCUCUUCCUCCUUGAACCUCAGACGGAAAAAUGCGUGAGUGCAUCUCCAUCCACGUUGGUCAGGCCGGUGUUCAGAUUGGCAAUGCCUGCUGGGAGCUCUACUGCCUGGAGCAUGGGAUCCAGCCGGACGGACAGAUGCCCAGUGACAAGACUCUUGGAGGAGGAGAUGACUCCUUCAACACCUUCUUCAGUGAGACCGGAGCAGGGAAGCACGUCCCCAGAGCCGUUUUUGUAGACUUGGAGCCCACUGUCAUCGAUGAGGUUCGCACUGGAACUUACCGCCAGCUGUUCCACCCUGAGCAGCUGAUCACUGGGAAGGAAGAUGCUGCCAACAACUACGCCAGAGGACACUACACCAUUGGAAAAGAGAUCAUUGACCUGGUUCUGGACAGGAUCCGAAAACUGGCUGACCAGUGCACAGGCCUGCAGGGCUUCCUGGUCUUCCACAGCUUUGGUGGAGGAACCGGUUCUGGUUUCACCUCCCUGCUGAUGGAGCGUCUCUCUGUGGACUAUGGAAAGAAGUCCAAGCUGGAGUUCUCCAUCUACCCAGCUCCCCAGGUGUCCACAGCUGUUGUGGAGCCCUACAACUCCAUCCUGACCACCCACACCACCCUGGAACACUCCGACUGUGCCUUCAUGGUGGACAACGAGGCCAUCUAUGAUAUCUGCCGCAGGAACCUCGACAUCGAACGCCCCACCUACACCAACCUGAACAGGCUGAUCAGCCAGAUCGUGUCCUCCAUCACUGCGUCUCUCCGUUUUGAUGGAGCCCUGAAUGUUGAUCUGACUGAGUUCCAAACCAACUUGGUGCCAUACCCUCGUAUCCACUUCCCUCUGGCCACCUACGCCCCUGUGAUCUCUGCAGAGAAGGCUUACCACGAGCAGCUCUCAGUGGCUGAGAUCACAAACGCCUGCUUCGAGCCGGCCAAUCAGAUGGUGAAAUGUGACCCUCGCCAUGGCAAGUACAUGGCCUGCUGCCUACUUUUCCGUGGCGACGUGGUGCCCAAAGACGUUAACGCUGCCAUUGCCACCAUCAAAACCAAACGCACCAUCCAGUUUGUGGACUGGUGUCCCACUGGUUUCAAGGUUGGCAUCAACUACCAGCCACCAACUGUGGUUCCUGGUGGUGACCUCGCCAAGGUCCAGAGGGCUGUGUGCAUGCUGAGCAACACCACUGCUAUUGCAGAGGCCUGGGCUCGGCUGGAUCACAAGUUUGACCUGAUGUACGCCAAGCGUGCAUUCGUCCACUGGUAUGUGGGUGAGGGAAUGGAGGAGGGAGAGUUCUCCGAGGCCAGGGAGGACAUGGCAGCUCUGGAGAAGGAUUAUGAGGAGGUUGGAGUCGACUCCAUUGAGGGUGAGGGAGAGGAGGAAGGAGAAGAGUAUUGAAAAAACCACAAUAAAGUUGAACAGGAAAUAAUUUGUCACAACACAUUCUUAAAUGCAUUCAAACCAGAGAUGUUUGUCCAUCAAAGUAUCAGGUUUGCUGUUUGAAUAAAACUCCUGAAAUUGUCAAGUUUGGCUUUGUUCUGAAUAAAAUCUCUGUGAUGUGAAAA